UCUCGUCGGGUCUGGCGAGCGAGGCGCGGGAAAGCGGGUUUGAAGCCGGCGGGUUCGCCGCGGUGGCGCGGCCUUCUCCACCCUGACGGGCUGCCAUGUCGGAGGCUUACUUCCCGGUGGAGUCGGGCGCUCUGGGGCCCGAGGAGAACUUCCUGUCCUUGGACGACCUCCUGAUGUCCCAGGAGAAGCUGCCGGUGCGCGUCGAGACCGCCCUGCCGCGCCUGGGCGCCUUCUUCCUGGAGCGGGGCGCGGGCGCCGAGCCGGACCACGCGCUCCCGCAGGGUACAAAACUUGAGCUCCCCUUGUGGCUGGCUAAAGGACUCUUUGACAACAAGCGGCGCAUCCUUUCAGUGGAACUUCCCAAGAUUUAUCAGGAAGGAUGGAGGACUGUGUUCAGUGCAGAUGCUAAUGUUGUGGACCUCCACAAAAUGGGGCCUCAUUUCUAUGGGUUUGGCUCCCAACUCCUGCAUUUUGACAGUCCAGAGAGUGCAGAUAUAUCCCAGUCUCUGCUGCAGACUUUUAUUGGACGGUUCCGCCGCAUCAUGGACUCCUCCCAGAAUUCUUACAAUGAAGACACUUCAGCCUUGUUAGCCAGGUUAGAUGAGACAGAGAGGGGCUUAUUUCAAAUAGGGCAGAAAGGCCUGAAUGACUUUCAGAGUUGGGAAAAGGGUCAAGCUUCUCAGAUCACAGCUUCCAGCCUCGUUCAGAAUUACAAGAAGAGAAAGUUCACGAAUAUGGAAGACUGAAAUCAGAACAGAACUGCAACAUGUGGAUUUAACUCUGUGUCCUUGAUAAGACCUAGUUAACUUCACAGGAGACCCAGUUGUGUGCUGCUUCCGGGCUUUAGCCUUCAGCAGUCUCAAAGCUUGGGACUAUCUGUUUGGGGGCAGUUGUGGAUGCCCUUGACCCUGCUGGUCUUUCUGGACUGUAGCAGUGGCCAUUCUCACAGCAUAGGUCUUUUGGCCCGGGAAUGCAGCUGAAGAGAGGCCAGAGUGCAUCUGAAAUAAGAGGCACAGACACAUAUAUUCAAGUUGGAGCUGGGAUUCCUCAGGUGUCUGGUCUGUUGGCUGCAAAGUGGGUCAUCUCUGCCCGUUCACAACUUUCUCUUAAGCUUAUUUGCCUUGUCUUCCUCAUGGUUGGACAAAGGACAGCAACCUCACCAUGCUGCCUGCCUGCUGAGACUUACCCCAAUUUCUAAAACAGGAAAUUGAAAGAAAAAGAGAAAAGUCAGAUGAAAGGAGACGACCUGGAGCUUUUGUGCCCUGUAAUCACAUCCCUUCAUUCUACCCAGAGGGGCCAUGGACUUGUGUUUAUCAGUGGUCUUUAGAGCAUGGGCACACUCCGUCCAGAAGAGCUGUCAGGGAGGUGUUGGAUUGCAAAGUAGUUAUUAAAGAGUGUUUAUCAGGUUGUGAAGAGCCCUAGCUUUAAAACAAACAAACAAACAAAUAAAACAAGUGUUAGCAAGUGUUAGUAGAAAAGAUGUCUUUACAUUUGCCCAGGAAAUAUUGCAACAUUAAUGCAAAGAGGACCCCUGACCACCUACUGGGAAUCUACUUGCAUCAAACUGAGAGGAACAAGUUUUCCAGACCCUAAGCUGAGUAAAAAACCUCAUUUCCUAGGGCCCUUUGGAUCGUGGACAAUCUCUCCACACCACUGGCCACCCUUGGCAUCUUAGAGUUACUGGAAAAUAACUUUAUUGUAAUUAUGGAGAGAUUUAGGUGUCCAGAUGACAGAUAUCGUAAUAAAAACUGAAAAUAACAGACAUGCAUUUAAGUGCAUAUCUUAACAUGAAAUUGUUUAUCAGUUGACUUUCAUUCUGAAUAAAUGACGGGCUUUGUAUUUUAUAUGUGUUGUGCCUGGCUGUCGGGCUGCCAGGGGUCAGCAGACCAAGCACUGGUCCUUUGGUUAUACCUGACUGUAAUGCUCAAAACUGUCUCAGCAACUACACUUCUGUUUGUGCCAUGUGCCUGAACGCUGAGAACAUGCUGUGGGCGUGUGCUGUGCCCUAGGAAGAUGACACCUGAUUUCACAGGUGGCUUUGUUUUUAUAGACAAUACCAAGACUGUUGACAUAUUUUCUACAACAAAACAAAAAACAUGAAACAUUUCCUCAGGGGCACAUACACACAAACACCUGCCUUAAGCCCACUGAUCCAAUAAUGGCCUUUCUUACUGCUUUUAUAGCAGGAAUAAUCUGUUCCUUUAUUUUUUUAAUCAAAUCAACCAUUUUAUUGUCAGUUACAUGCUUUAGAGAAAGGUGUGGAGAACAGGUCAGGGUUGAAAAAAAAAACUAGGUUUCUAUACAUUUGUUCUAUUUACAGGCAGUUUUGAGGCGCAGCAACUGUACUUGUCUGAAGCUUCUCUGCAAAUGCAGCCCUAGGAGCACUUCGCACAGCCUACGGAGGAGCAGGAGCUUUUCUUGCAGGAGGUGCAUUUGCAGGAGCAGCAUACAUCUGUGACAGGAACAGUUGGGGUCCAUGGCUAGUGGAGGCAGUGGUUGAAGAUCUAUGAGAGACUGGAGGUGUUGGAGAGCUUUGAGUAGGUGUAAAGCCUGUUCCUUAUUUUACAUAAAGAUUCCACGUUCUCCUAAGAAUGCUGAGCCUCUUACAGCUACUCAUUUCCCAUUAGCACCCCUGAAGCAACAGACCGCUGUGUAUGAAGUAGUCACACAGGAAUAUGAAAUGUUAAACAUCUCCAAAAGCUCAUGUAGCUCAUGCCUAACAGUCAGAAGGCCUGGGUUCAGUCCUUAGCACUACUAAAAGAAAGUAUAUGGGAUUUCUUGUUCUGUCACCAUCCUUCAAGGAAUCUCAAGAGAGCUCUUUAUCAGUAUUCUUGAAACAGUGCUGGGUCAUGCCGAGAUGGACCUUGGCAAAGAAAACUGGAAACCUUACCUGUGUUUCCGAAAGUAGGUGUUUUUGUGUUGAAGGGGAAACUAGGUACUUCAAGGAUCUUGUAGAACAAAAUGUAGACCACAUGGGUGUGAGAUGACUGGGUAAAGGUGCUUGCUGCCCAGCCUGACAGCUUCAGUCCAAUCCCCAGGAUGCAAUUGGUGGAAGGAGGGAACAUGCUCCCUUAGAUUGCUCUCUGACCUCACAUGCACCAAAGCCCGUGUGUGUGCUUAUACACAAGCUACAUUUUAAAAAUUUAAAGAUGAAAUAAAUUACGCUGUACCGUAAUUUCAACAUUUGUUAACUACUGAAGGUUAGCUUUUUAACAGAGUACAUGUACAGUUUUCUAAACAGCGGUUAAAUGGGACUGGAGAGAUAGCUCAGUCAGUAAGUGCUUGCCUUGCAAAUAUGACGACCUUAGUUUGAUCCCCAGAAGCCAUAUGGAAACACUAGGCAUGGUGGCUGUACACUUAGAGCCCUGGGAAGGCCGAGUAGGCAGAUCCUCAGCCUCACCCAGCACAUAGCCUUACCUGCUUAGUGAGAGACUCAAAAAAAGGUGGAGGGUAUCUGAGGAAUGACACUAGCAUUUAUCCUAUAGUUUUCAUAUUUAUGUGCACCUACACACACAUACGCAUAUACACAUGAAUAUACAAGCAUACACAGAAAAAUAAUGAAAUUCUCUAGACCAGCAGUUUUCAACAUGUGGAUUGGCCCUUUGGGAGGUCGAAUGAUCUUUUUCAUAGAAUUUGCAUACCAGAGAUUACAUUAUGAUUCAUAACAGCAAAAUCACAGUUAAGAAGUAGCAAUGAAGUAAUUUUAUGGUUGGGAGAGGUCACCACAACAUGAGGAACUGUAUUAAAGGGUCACAGCAUUAGGAAGGUUGAGAAUCACUUCUCUAAACCUAAAGAGCUUUCAGGGUUUCUAUUUCUGUGAGGAGACACUGAUCACAGAACUCUAAUAAAGGAAAACAUUUAAUUGGGGCUGGCUUACAAUUUGGAGGUUGAGUCCGUUGUCAGCAAGGCAGGAAGCAUGGUGGUGUGCAGACAGGCAUGGUGCUGGAGGAAGAGCUGAGAGUGCUACAUCUGAAACCUCACAGCCUGCCUCAGUGACACAUCCCCCAGCAAGGCCACACCUCCUAACAGUGCCACUCCUCAUGAGCCUGUGGAGGCCACUAUGGUCUCUCAGAGUUGGAAUUCAUUGCUAGCUGUUGAUACUGCCCUCUUGAAUGAUCUUCCUUUAUUAAUAGUAGUGAAUAAGGGGCUGGAGAGAUGGCUCAGUGGUUUAAGAGCACUGGCUGCUCUUCCAUAGGACCCUGGUUCAAUUCCUAGCACCCAAAUGGCAGCCCACAACUGUCUGUAACUCCUGUUCCAGGGGAUACCAUACCCUCAUACAGAUAUACAUGCAGUCAAACAUCAAUGUAUAAAUAAAAAUAAUAAUGUAUAAAUAAAAAUAAAUAAAUAGGGGCUAGAGAGAUGGUGCAGCAGUUAAGAGCACUGUCUGAGUUCAAUUCUCAGCAACCACAUGGUGGCUCACAACCAUCUAUAAUGAGAUCUGAUGCCCUCUACUGGCAUGCAUGCAUACAUGCAGACUUAGUACUGUAUAAAUAAUAAAUCUUUAAAAAUAAAUACAUAAUGGUAGUGGAUAAAUUGUACAGUGAAGCAAGGGCCAGUCGGCAGAGUCACUGUACUGGUAACUCUUCUCAUUGCUGCGAAGGGUUUAUUUUGACUCAGAUUUUUGAGGAGAUUGGGUGUAGACAUGGCAGCAGGUAGCACUGUGGUCAUGGGGACACACAGAAGUCACCUCUUCAUAUCAGCAGAACAGGAACAAAGCCUGUUCAAGACAGGAAGUAGAGCCUGGCAUUAAAGCUCAAGACCAGCCCUCAUUGACCUGCUUCCUCCAGUGAGGCCCUGCUGCCUGAAGACUCAAUAAUGUCCCAAAAUAGCACCAUCAAAUGGGGACCAAGAGUCCAGAGACAUGUGGGGCAUGUCCCAGGGAAACAAAACCAUUGUAUUGAGAGCAAAUGACGAAUGGAGCUGAUGGGCCCGGCCUUUUUUGUUUUGAGCAUUUCAUGGAUUUUUCUACCCUUCUGCUUGUCUGCCUAGUUAAUUAAGCAGACAGCACAAACCAGACAGUUUGCUUGGCAAGUAGCAGCAUUCUCCAGCUAGCCCUGAAGGCAGGAUAGGAAGACAGGGAAACUUACAGGGAUGCAAGCGAAAGAAGUCCCUAAUCUUGGAGUUUGGUUGAAGUCCUUUGUCCAGAUAUUUAAGGACUAAGGUACAACCAACAAAUUUGCUUUGAAGAUUACCUACAGAGAUAAUAUUCCCUUUUCUAAAAUAGAACCUCAGAAAAGUAUAUUUAAAACAGUAAAUAAAAUAACAAACAAAAACACACUUCCAAAGUACCUUACAAUUUCUUUUACAGAAAGAAAAUACUUGAAGAAAAAUAAAUAAACCAGCUUGUAUUUUUUAUUUGUUUUUAGAACAUUGUUUAAUCUUCAAAUCUUAUUUAAGUUAUUCUAUGUCCUUUGAGCAGUGUACCUUCUAAAGCCACAGAAUUAUAGACACCUAAACGUGACUUUCUUAUAAGUUUGCCCGUGUAUCAGGUUUGGCUGCCCUUCUCUGUCCUAAGAGUCUACUCUGUGUCUAAGAUACAUACUAAUGUCAUUUUUUUUAGGCAUCACUUUAAAAUGUCCACACAUAAAUUUAAGCAUGUAUUGUUCUGUAUCUUUACUUAAUAAACUCACUGACCUUGCUUC